AUGUCUGACAAGCCGCAACAACCCCUCCCCUUCGUCUACCAGUUCGCCGCCGGUGCGGUGGCUGGUGUCUCCGAGAUCUUGAUGAUGUACCCAUUGGACGUUGUCAAGACUCGUGUGCAACUUCAGACUGGAGCCGCCACUGCUGGUGGUGAGCACUACAAUGGCAUGUUGGACUGCUUCCGCAAGAUCAUCAAGCAAGAAGGUUUCUCCCGUCUGUACCGUGGUAUCUCCGCUCCCAUUCUGAUGGAGGCUCCCAAGCGUGCGACCAAGUUCGCUGCCAACGACAGCUGGGGGACCUUCUACCGCGGCCUCUUCGGUGUAGAGAAGCAGACCCAGAGCUUGGCUGUCCUGACCGGUGCGACUGCUGGUGCGACCGAGGCUUUUGUCGUGGUUCCUUUCGAGCUGGUCAAGAUUCGUCUGCAAGAUAAGGCUUCCGCUGGCAAGUACAACGGCAUGCUGGAUGUUGUGAAGAAGAUUGUUCAGCAGGAGGGUCCCCUCGCCAUGUACAACGGUCUUGAGUCCACCCUCUGGCGUCAUAUUCUCUGGAACGCUGGUUACUUUGGCUGUAUCUUCCAGGUUCGCUCUCAGCUGCCCCAGCCCGAGCCCGGCAACAAGAGCCAACAGACCCGCAAUGACUUGAUCGCCGGUACCAUUGGUGGUAUUGCCGGUACCAUCCUCAACACCCCCAUGGACGUCGUCAAGUCCCGUAUCCAAAACACCACCAAGGUUGCUGGCCAGACCCCCAAGUACAACUGGGCCUGGCCCGCUGUGGGCACCGUCAUGAAGGAGGAGGGCUUCGGAGCUCUGUACAAGGGCUUCAUCCCCAAGGUCCUCCGUCUGGGCCCCGGUGGUGGUAUCCUUCUCGUCGUGUUCACUGGUGUGAUGGACUUCUUCCGCAAGAUGCACUAUGAAUAA